AGUGUUUACUCCGUACUCGAGCGACGGCUUGGUUAUCGUGUUCUUGAAACAUAUGCAAGAUCAUUUGCAUAACUGCACCUUAUAAUUAAAUAUGGCAGAUGACAUUUGCAGUCAAGUACAACAGGUGUGGAAUAUGCUAAGUGACUUGCAGAUGGAAGCACCUGAGGAGUAUCACAAGUUGCUCAAGUCGUCUAUGAACGAAAUUCUACCUCCUCGGGCAAAUAUGUGUUUUUCUACAGUAAAGGUUAGAAAUGACACAAGAGUCUUUGUCAAUGUCUGCCAGUGGAAUAAAGUUCCUGCACCACGUUCUAAGUGUGAAGCAAUCUCAAUGUUGGCUGGAACCUGGGAUACAGGAUUUGACCAGAAAGGUUCGUUCAGUGUGACUGCCGUCGCUGUAAAUUCUUCAGUCUUGGAAGAAUGCUGCAGUAACAAUGAGGAACGUCAGAUGUUGAUAGACCUGAUUAUUUCCUUCAUUGAACAUCAUUCUGCUGUCAGUCUCUCACACACAUACUCCUUGCUGCCGGAUACCAACUUCCAGCCUGGCCUCAAAACGCUCAGCCUGGAAAAGUUCUUUGUAGUGCAGCCCCGUAUUGGUGACGGAUCACUGUUGACACCAAAUCCCUCAUCCCUCGUCAAUGUCCUAUCAGAGAAGAGAAAUUCUGCAAAGCCUACCACCAUAGCUAAUUCAACAUUAAGUGGCAGUGCUGAUAAUCACAAAAAAGAGUCAACUGCAAGUAACAGUUCUAAACCAGAACCGUCUCUAGUGGACUAUUAUAAAACGCAAUUAAAAGAAGUUAAAGAUCAUGGGUCUGAUAAGAUGCCAAAUGAUAAACACUCGCCAGCACCCAGUAGUGAAAUUUCGGGGCAAGAUCGUGAUGUUGUUAUUUGCUCAACACCCACUUUAUUGGAUAUGAACGAAGUCUCGACUAAACACAGCACGGAUUUGAGUGCAAAAAAGAGUCAUGUAACAACACCAAAGCAUGUGGUUGAAAUACUGCCACAAGAGGGAGCAUGUGCGAAGAGAGUUCAGGUCACCAUCACACUGCAAGGCAUCUUGAUAGCAGCUAGUUGUCAGCUUGAUGUUACGCAGGAGGAUCUGACAGUUGUAGCUGGGCAGUACAGUCUCAAUUUGAAAAUGCCCUUCAUGGUGGAUGUUGACUCUGUUUCUGCAAAAUUUGAUAAGUCAACGAGUAUACUCGUGGUCACAUUAGACAUCAAGCCAUAGAAAUAACCAGUAUGGAAUUUUUGUAUGUCACCUUUACCAAUAGUAAACCACUCCACCACAGAGUCACCACAGUAGACGUGAGAUGAGCGCUGUCGCUCUGCGGCACUUGUUAGUUCUUCGAAUAUGUAUGGAAUAUUUCACGUCUUCUUCCAGAUGUUAUACCUAUUGUCCAAAUAUGUUAUGAAUGUGUUCUCUAACAGGCCAACGUGUGUCGAUGUGUCUGGGCCUGUCACAUCUAAAUAUAGUCGAGUAGAGAAAUGAUUAAGGAUGAUGCAUGCUCAGUUCAUCUAGAAUAAUGUCAUGCACUUAUUAGAUUAUUGCAGAGUGAUAUUUCUUAUCUCUCUUAUAAGCAGUGUUUUGUGAUGUACAGUUGAAUCAUAAGUCAUACAUGCAGUAUGGGUUGCUUUUGGUGUCCUGAUUUUAUCAACGAAAAUAUAAUAGGUUGAAUGCUAACGUACCCCACAUAGGGAAACCAAGCACUAACGUUGGUGC